UUGGUUGACUUUUUUUUCAUUCAACUGAGGAUUUGACUUUUUGGAUUCUCUUCAUCUCAUUCUAAUAUAUAAAGCGCAGCAGCGUAUAUUUUGUUUAAUAUCAAAAACUAGAAUUAUUACAAAGAUCAAAUCCCAAGUCCAAACUUUCAAAAACCAAUUCUCUCACUCACACUUUCUCACAAUGGAUGAAGAUUUUAGUCAUAAUUGUGUAUGUUUGUUCUCUAUAUUAGCUUCAACUAUAGUCUUUGUCAUUAUCUUGAAGCUAAGCCAAAACAGGAACAAGAAGAAAUUACCUCCAGGGAACAUGGGAUUUCCUUGGAUAGGUGAAACUUGGGAGUUUUACAAAGCACAAAGAGUAAACCAUUUGUUUGAGGAGUUCAUUCAACCCCGAAUUGCGAAACAUGGAAAAAUCUUCAAAACUCAUCUGAUGGGAUCUCCAACAGUGAUAGUUAAUGGAGCCAAUGCAAAUAAAUUUGUUUUGUCCAAUGAAUUCAAGAUGGUGAUAAGCUCGUGGCCUUCGUCCUCGGUUCAACUCAUGGGAAAGAAUUCGAUCAUGGAAAAACAAGGCGAAAGGCAUCGUUGCCUCAGAGGCCUAAUAAGCACUACCUUUGGCAAUGCAGGGCUUGAGACUCUUGUCCCUAAGAUCUGCAGCUCUGUUUUGUUACAUUUAGACCGAAAAUGGAGUGAAAAAGAAGAUAUUAGCCUAUACCGAUCAACGAAAAUCAUGACUUUCACCAUUGUUUUUGAGUGCUUGUUGGGGAUCAGUGUGAAGCCUGGAAUGUUGGAGACUUUUGAGAGAGUUUUGGAAGGUGUUUUUGCUUUACCUGUUCAAUUUCCUGGCUCUAAGUUUUCUAGAGCAACUAAAGCAAGGUCAGAGAUAGAGAAAAUGAUUGUUGAAGAAGUUAGGGAGAAAAGGAUUCAAAUGGAAUCAAGAGGAGGAGGAGGAGAAGGACAGGAAGGAGGGAUGUUGCUGUCUCGAUUAGUCGCUGGAAUGAUUCGCGGCGAGAUCAGCGAAGAAGAGGUUGUCGAUAAUGUUGUUCUGCUGGUUUUUGCAGCUCAUGAUACUACUUCUUUUGCCAUUACCAUGACAUUCAAGAUGCUUUCACAGCACCCAAAUUGUCAUGCCCUCUUACUCCAAGAACAUCUUGAUCUAACAAAAGACAAAAGACCAGGAGAGAGUCUAACAUUAGAUGACAUAAAGAAAAUGAAGUAUACAUGGCAAGUUGCUAGAGAAAGCAUGAGACUUUUCCCUCCAAUAUUUGGUUCUUUCAGAAAAGCAAUUGUUGAUAUUGAAUAUCAAGGUUUCACAAUCCCUAAAGGAUGGAAGGUAUUGUGGACAGCAUAUGGAACACAUUACAAUGCAGAGUGUUUUCAAGAUCCUUCGAGUUUCAAUCCGAGUCGGUUCGAUGAGCCAGUACCACCUUAUGUUUUUCUUCCAUUUGGAGGAGGGCCAAGAGUUUGUGCAGGAUACCAACUGGCUAAGUUGAUCAUCCUCAUCUUUGUUCAUUUUGUGGUGAAACGUUAUGACUGGUCUUUAGUCCAUCCUGAUGAGACUAUCACCAUGGACCCUCUUCCAUUCCCUUCUCAUGGAAUGCCCAUCAAAAUUUCGCCUAAGGAUUUAAAGAAGUGAUAAAAACACACAGAUAGAUGAUAUACUAAUAAAAUGUUAGAUAUAUAACAAUUCUUUAAUAUGCUACUUUGUACUACUAGCAAGGUUGGUACAAGCAUUCUUUUGUAAUCUGAUAUAGUCCUAAAUACUCAAUGAUUUUUUUAACACAUGUUUGUAAUGCUUUCAUGUUGAUCUUUUCAAGCUAAAUAAAUAAACAAAAUUUAAUGU